CUUUUCUCUGAUCUAUUUUUUUCUAACUAUGAGUGACCUUUUCUGGCUUGUUGGGUAAAAGUCUUUCUUCUUUCGUUAAUUUUCUUUUGUUUUUGUUCUUUUUUGUUGCAUAAUUGGAUCUUUUAGCUGUUUCUUGAUCUGGGUAUGGUUAUUUUCUCCUAGCUAUUUGAUCAAUGUGCUUGGAAUAGAAGAUUUGAAAAGGUGUUCGGAUUUGGGUUUCUAGAUGUUUGAAAAGAUUAUAUAGGCUUCUGAUGCUCAGAUGGAAGGAGAUGGUGAGUUCAGGCGCUGGGAUGAAUUGCUUCCGGAUGCACUUGGGUUGAUUUUCAGGAAUCUUCCACUCCAGGAGAUACUUACUGUGAUCCCAAGAGUGUGCAAACCAUGGGGGAGAGCAGUUAGUGGACCUUAUUGCUGGCAGGUCAUCGACAUCGAAAAAUGGAGCCAACGAUGUCAGCCGGAGACCCUUGAUCGCAUGCUUCAAAUGCUGAUAACUAGGAGCUCGGGUUCACUACGGAAGCUCUGUGUUACUGGUAUCUCUAAUGACCAGAGCUUUUCGUUCAUUGCUGAUAAUGCCAAAUCUCUUCAGAAUUUACGGCUGCCAAGAAGCGAAAUAAGUGAUUCAGUAGUGGAACAGGUUGCUGGGAGGCUGUCCUCAGUGACUUUCUUGGAUGUUAGUUACUGCAGGAAUAUCGGAUCCCUGGCCCUCGAAGCAAUAGGCAAGCACUGUAAGUUACUAAUGGGGUUGAGGAGAACAAUGCACCCAUUAGAGGUAGUAGAUAAACUGUCUCAAGAUGAUGAAGCUCUUGCCAUUGCUACUACAAUGCCGAAGCUCAAGCAACUUGAGGUGGCAUACUUGCUUAUUAGUACAGAAGGUGUGCUCAAAAUACUUGAAAGCUGCCCUGACCUUGAGUUACUAGACGUUCGAGGAUGCUGGAAUGUGAAGCUAGAUGAAAGUUUUGUCAAGAAAUUCUCACGGCUGAAGGUGGUCGGACCUCUCGUUGUGGACUAUUUUGGGAUGAAGGGAUGGGAUGAUUGUUCGAAUUAUUCAGGUUCCUCUGGUUACUUGGCCUGGGACUUUGUUGCCGGAGAUGUCGGCGUUGAUGAUGAGAUAUCAUAUGGGGAUUGGGAAGAUGACCAAAGUGUGGAAGAUGUGGAAAUGAGGUUCUAUGAUGGUUUUGACUCUGAAAAUGCUGCAUUCGAUUGGCCCCUCUCCCCCUAAAGGACUGUUAUUCGUCUCUUCUCGAAAUUAGGUUGACAGAGCUCCACACUGACGUCAACCUCGACUUCUGUGAGCACUUUGCUGACACUUUGCUAUGUACAAACAUUGUGUUUCUAUUUUCUAAUGUAGUGUAUAAACAAGUUUUCCUAGGAGUGUUUGUAAUAAAAGAACUUGUAACCUGUAGCAAAAGAAUUUGUUUCCUUAGUAAAUUGAGGUCUAUAUCUGAUUG